AUGCUCAGCUCCAAGGCUCGCACCCUCCUCCUCCCCUUGGACUGGACUGGCACCACCCAGCCCCCGAAUCUCCGUCAGAUUAGAGUCGGUCUCUUCUCUCUGUCCCAACCCAAGCAACCAAGGCACCGCGUGGCUGCAGCGCCGUUGGAUAUUGCAACCGCAACACAUGCACAAAGCACACAACACAAUGGCGACAAAGGAAGCACUAGGCCGUUGGCGGGGUCUACCGUCUACCGCCGCCUAUCGCCUCUCCCGGCCGCCCUAUGGCUUGUCUUGGUGCGCCCAGCCAUGUGGUUUUGCUGGCCUCAUCUGGUUGCUUGCAUCUAUCAAACCCGUCUUGACGGUAUCACUCAAUGGUCGCCCAAUCGACAUCUCAUUGCCAAGGGGGGUCAUGACAGCCAAAACACGCUCCAUGCGGUGGCCACCGAGCGACAUGGGCAAAACAAUUGCGCCCCGGCACUCGCUUCGGCUUCUCCCGACCGACUGAACAUUCACCUGCACAUGCCCGAGGUCUGGUGCGUGCGUGCCCAGGGAAUUCGGCCCCCUCCCCAUCACGCUCACCUCUCUAGCCCACGGUCAGAUACCAAUCCGGUCAGAGAUGGCAUACCUGAGCCCUUGUCCCCAUCCACGGUCCACCCCAUCACGGAUCCCAGUCUCGUCAAACGAAGCACUUCCUUGACAAGUUUCACGCCCAAUCCCGGGUCUCAGCUUGCAGAUCGAUGGAUAAUCUGUGCCUCAGGGCCUCCCAUUUGCAUCAACCGAGCAGCCGCAGCACAACCACCGAAGAGCGACCUGAAAGAACGGCAAGGAGCCAUUCUACAACCGCGCUCGUUUACGGCAUCUCUGCCGACCUUGAAGUCAACAAGCACAAGGCCACGGGGAGUCGCCCUAGUCACCAGCAAUAACCAUCACGCCAAGCUCCCACGGCAACCAUUCCUCCUCCUCCAAAAAAAAAGUACGCAAACCACCACUCAGCACCGUUCUCACCUGCGCCCUCUGCAGAAGCAGGAUGAUAGCAGGAUGAUGGUCCCCGACGAUGGACAAGCUACAGGCAGUGUACCCGCACUAGCACAGCACAGCACAGCAUAA